UCCACGUGUAUGUACUGAGUCCGUCUAAGUGGUCAGUGUGUAUUUUAAUAGAUAAGGUGUCAUGAAAUAACCCCCUAGAUAAGGGUAUAAAAGGAGGCCCCGCAGCGUCUCGAUCUGAUUGUGGACCGCGGCGCAGCGGUUUAGGUUGUGAUGUGGGUAGUGGUGUUACUGCUGCUGGGGGCGGCUGCCUCGCAGGCUUCUGCGGAGCAGACCAUCCUUUGCGGCAGAGAGCUGGUCAAGGCACAUUCAAUGUACUGCUACGGCAUAGAUCCCUUCCCUGCCGAAGCAGUCGACUCCAAUGUUUCAUCGUUACCGUUAGAUCCAAAGUUCUUGCCAAAGAUACCAGAACGCUUCACAUUUCGGGCGCGGCGAGCCACUGGGACGCUGCUCACGUCGAACCUCAUCGAGGCCUGCUGCUCGAAGCCCUGUCACGUCACCGAACUGCUCAACCAUUGCUAAACUUUGCUAUUAUACCUCUUUUUAUACUUUAUAGACAUGCCAUUGGGUUUUAAGUCAUUAAAUUCAAAUUAUUAGUCUGC